AUGGCGGGAAGGAUACAGCUCGACGAAGAAGGUGAGGUCGAUCGUUUGAGCGAUGGGCUACAGAAGUUGCGGAACUUCAUUGAGGCCGAGUUUGUGAAGCAAUCCCUUCAUUUUGAUGAGAUUGUCGAAGGUUUGAAGCCUCAGGCCCAGGCGAAGUCGCUGAAGGGCCAAGGAUUGCUCACGAAGACCUACUCCAGCGUGACCCUGGAGAGUCGCGAGUUCUGCUUCGAAGAGCACAAAGCGCCACCACCUCUGGUGCCGCCACCGCGGCAGGAAGAGGUGAAGGAAGAACGCUUCGACGAAACACCAGCCAGAACACCCAGGGGCCAGGAGGCUUCCCAUCAGACCCGCUUAUCGGGCAAGCGCAUGCGAACGUCGCAAACUAGCGGGCAAACCAGCUCACAUGAUGUUGAAAUCAAUCCGACUUAUCCAGAUUCCAAGAGGUCGUCCAUCGAGACGGAGGAUACCUUCGUCCGGAGCACCUUGAAGAAAUCCAUUAAUCGCGCGGAGGCUGCGCAGUCCGUGGUGGAGAACUCCGUGGAGGGCGUCAGGAAAUUGUCUCGUGGCAUUCAGCGCACCGGCACCGUGGAGAUCGAUAUCGACGCGAUUUCGCCCUGUCGCUCCUUCUGCUAUCGAGUGGUAACCCACUGGGCCUUCACCAAUUGUGUGAUGCUGCUGAUCUUGUUGAAUUUGGUGCUCCUGGGCAUUGAAGUCGACAAGGCCACGCAGCUGGGUCAGUUCGACAUUCCGCGCUGGUUCGGCGUCGUGAACACUCUGAUUGUGUGCGUUUUCUUAGCUGAAAUCGGCAUGAAGUUCAUUGCCUUCGGAUUCGAGGGCUUCCUAUUUGGCAAGGACUCCUUUUGGAACAACUUAGAUUUCCUGGUCAUUGCCGCCUCGGUGCUCGAGAUUGGCGUCGAGCUUUGGGACCUCUCAUUGAGUUCCAGUAAUUCAGGAUCCAGCGCGGCGCACCUGCGCAUCAUGCGAACGAUGCGCUUGGUCCGUGCCUUGCGUGGCAUUCGGGUCAUCCGUCUCCUGAGGUAUGUGAGCGCCCUGCGCACAUUGGUUUUUUCAAUUGUCAGUACCAUGGGCUCCUUGAUGUGGACCUUGGUCCUGCUGCAGCUGCUGUUUUAUAGCUUUGGCGUCAUCUUGACGCAAAUCGUCUCGGACCAUUGCAGGUUUGAAGCCAUCACGAAGCGGGACGACAGCAAUGCCAUCCCAGAAUGCAGUGAAGAGCUCUUGGUCCGCUUCUGGAAAAACGUUCCGGAAAGCAUGUGCACCCUACUCUUAGCCAUCUCUGGCGGCCUCAGUUGGGAUGAUGCCUUUCGACCUCUUCGGGACGUCUCUGCCCUGGCUGUGGUCCUGUUCAUCCUGCGACUGGACGAAGGCAAUACGGCGAUUGAGUCUGCCCAGUCGGACAAGGAUAUUGCCAUCAUGAAGCAGAUGCGCAAGCACGACGCGCAAGUGCAGGCGCUACGACAUAUUUUCAAGGAGAUUGAUCACGACAAAUCGUCGCAUGUGACCUUGGGUGAGCUGCAGGAGGCCUUGAGCGCGAAGAAACUGUCCAGCUUCUUAGAGUCCAUGGGUAUCUCCACCCAAGACGUGAGCACCCUUUUCAUGAUCAUCGACGCCGACCGCAGUGGAAUGAUCGAUCUUGAUGAAUUUGUCAGUGGAUGUAUGCAACUCCAUGGUCCCGCAAAGAGCCUUCAAAUGGCCCAGAUGAGCCACGAGAACAGGGUCACCAGACAGGUCAUCAAGCACCUGGCCAAUUCCGUGUCAGCCAUCAAGAAACAGCUGCAGCUUCUGUCGGACUUGAUCCAGGACGGUCCCAUCGGCCAAGCCUGUGCCGUGUGA